AUGAGGGUUUAUCCUCUACCAAGCAAGAGAAACCUGAGACUGAUGGAGAGUUUCGAUUCUUCAAUGAAUGGAAAUCCUCCUCUCAAGAAACUUAGAAAACUUCCUCACGUUUUUGGCAAGGUCCUAGAAUUGCCCUUUAGAUCAGAUGCUGAUGUUCUUGUUGAGGAUUGCUCAGAAAACAUCCGUUUCAUCGCCAAAAUUGAUGUUGAUGGCGAAGAUCUUGUUAACGAGAUGAAGGUUCGUGCCGUGGAGAUUCAUCCUGGGGUUACAAAGAUUGUAGUGAGGAAAGGUGAUCCUGGAGAAGUAGACUUGUUGCUUGAAAGAUUGAACAUAGAUACAUGGCGGUUUAGACUGCCGCGUUCAGCCCAGCCGGACAUGGCUUCUAUCGUUCUUGUGGAUGAAAAGCUCAUUGUCACGGUGCCUAAAGGUGAUCAUAGAGGCUUCGGCGAUGGAAGCAACACCUGGCGAGGCGAUAGCCGGCUUGUUCUUGUUCAAUAG